AUGUACGGCGACCAUGGCAUCCGUGGCGAUGUGUGGGCAUCUUGUAAACCACCUUUGAACGACCUAGGCAACCAUUCGGCCUCCUUAGAGCCUCCAACGGCGACCUGGCCAGUUUUAUGGUCGCACAAGGGAGGCCCAAAGGUCGCAGCCCUGUGUAAAGGGGUUUUAAUCUUGUUGCUGGAUGCAUCAGGCAUCACAGUGACUUCAACAGCAAAGCGCUCUGUGGUUGGUUUGGCUCAUGACCAUGACAGCCUCUUCUGCAUCAUCGAAAGCUCCUCCCAAGUACUUCAGUAUAACAUGGCUAACAGGCAGCUUGUUAAUAUCCUUCAGUGUGGAAACACUAUGCUGGCUAGAGGAGUCUGUCUAGUAUCUCCACCGGAUGAUGGCAUCCACGUAAUAGAUGAGGAGCAAGCCCAGGAUGAUGAAGAAGUUCCUAAUGAGGACAAGGCCAUCCAAGUACUGUGUAUUUUAACCGUCAAAGACACCCUGUGGAUUGGCACAAACACCGGCAAAACCCUAGUCCUGUGCCUCGACUCAGAAACACAGCACAGUUUCGGCGAAGUGCUUGCCAUUCUUGGACUUCUUCCAGAAUUUGACGAUAAAAGUGGGCCAGUGAAAAAGCUCCUUAGGGCCGGGGACGGGCACGUGGUGGCGAUGCAGGAGCUCACAGGAUCAUCACCACCACCACUCAACCAGGAGACGCGUCUCAAUCAGUACCAGCUGCUGUUAUGGCAAGCAUGGGGUUCACAAGAGGUGGCAAAGUUUGAUCACAUCCACUGUGCGUUGGAUGAGGCAGAGCUGGCUUUGGGCAACUGAAGAGACACGUUGCUGCAACAUCGUGAUUUCAAUCGAAGAUAAAAUGUAUUGUUCCACAAGCAUCAUUGUUUAUGUUACUGUCAUUCAUAUGGUUUGUUGGGAACACAUCUGUAUACAUUAAAGUACAGUAUAGGCAAAUUUGAAAACGCAAUAACAAUUGA